AUGCCGCACACGGGUCAAGCUGGCGUGAAUCAACUCGGCGGUGUCUUCGUCAACGGCCGCCCGCUGCCGGAUUGCGUGCGAGCUCGCAUCAUCCAGCUAGCGCAGCUCGGCGUGCGGCCCUGCGACAUCUCUCGUCAGCUCCUCGUCUCGCAUGGCUGUGUCUCUAAGAUCUUGACUAGAUUCUUCGAGACUGGGUCCAUCCGGCCGGGCAACAUCGGGGGGAGCAAGCCCAAGGUAGCCACGCCUCUUGUAGUCAAGAAGAUCAUGGGUUACAAACACGACAACCCAUCCAUCUUUGCCUGGGAGAUUCGCGAUCGGCUACUACAGGAGCGAGUUUGCGACGAGAACACCAUACCGAGCGUCAGCUCCAUCAACCGCAUACUACGAAAUAGCGCCCCCAAUGGCGUGGGAGGGGAAAUGACGACAAAUCUACCCGCCCCAGUUGCGCGGCUACCAGCUCCUGUACCGCAAAGGCCCUCCCCUCAGAUUGCAGGGCAGUUAGCCUUCAAAGCGCCCUCUGCGGCCAAACCAAGCCACUCCAUCGAUCAGAUCCUUCAGGGAAACGAGGGAAGAAAGAGGAAACUGAGCUGUGAUUCGGAGGAAGACGACGAAAAUCAGACGAGUGAAAAAAUCAGCAAAACUGAAGCAAGUGCUCCAACAUCGCCAGCACGUAUCGUCUCUCCUCCAGUCUCGUCAACUCUGAAAACACCGCCACCCACUCCUGGCGGCUGUCCAACCUCGUCGGACAUUGUGCUCUUGCCGACUGCGCCGCUCCAGCAGAACGCACCCGCCGAAGUUGGCGGGGCAAUCUGCCCCUUUCCCUCCGCUAAGGUGUGUCUGACCGGACUGCCCAAACUGCCCGUGGUCACUUCCUCAACUCUGCCGGCCGCGUCAUCGAUCAUUCCCGGCGGAGCGGCAGUGGCCCAGGCUCUGGCCGCAAUCGGCGGCUUUUCCUUUGCCGGGUUGUCGGGUGGGAUGUUGCCGCUCAGGGCUUCGGGACCCGUCAGCACCGCUCCCGUCUCAUACCCAGCUUUGGCAAUGGCACUGCAGAGUGGCUGGGCUUACAGAUCCAUGAAAGCGCAGACCAAGUAA